AUGUCGUAUGUUUCUCGCCCUCUUACGCUGGACCAAAUUUUAGCGGAUCCGUGUAGAGAAAGGGGGUGGAAAAAUGGCGGCCUGAUCAUAUUGAAUACGAUUUUGGCUGUGGUACAGAUUUCAAGUUACGCGACUGGCUAUGAUGGAUCCAUGAUGAGUGAGUAGAACGCUCUUACAAUUCAAAACAACACCAAGUGAAUACUAAAUACCCGAAAGAUGGACUGCAAUCACUAGAUACAUGGCAAACAUACUUCAAAAAUCCCACACCGGAGACUUUAGGGUUAUUAAAUGCAAUACAAAAUAUUGGUCAAUUGGCAGCUCUACCAUUUUGUGCGAUCGCUUGCGAUAAAUUUGGCCGAGUGGCAGUGCUACUUUUCGGGGCCUUCAUAAUUUUGAUCGGUACAGCUUUGCAAGGUGCCGCCGCACAAAACAGCAAGUAACAAGCCCUCAUAUAAGCUCCUACAUUUACUGAUUUCCUCAAAAAGAUGGAAUGUUCAUCGCCGCUCGUGGCAUAAUCGGACUUGGAUUGGCUUUCAAUAUUACUGCAGCUCCAUUAUUGUUAUUGGAGCUCGCAUAUCCCACCCAACGAGCCCCCAUGGUCAGUAUCUAUAAUGCGCUUUGGAAUUCAGGUGCAAUUGUAGCAGCGUGGGUUACCUAUGGUACCUUCCGAAUCACAGAUGACUGGGCGUGGAGGAUUCCUUCCAUUCUUCAAGCAGUUGCUUCCCUCAUCCAAAUUUUCUCGUGCUUCUUUCUUGUUGAAUCUCCACGUUGGCUCGUUUCUCGUGGAAAGCACGAAAAAGCCAAAGAUGUUAUCACGAAAUAUCACGCCAAUGGAAACGCGGAUGAUCCCCUUGUAGUGCUUGAGUUGGAGGAGAUAUUUAGGGCUUUGGACUUCGAAUUGGAAAUUUCGAACAGUUCUUAUAUGGCAUUUUUCGAGUCAAGGGGGAAUCUGCAUCGAUUCUUUAUCAUCUUAGCUGUUGGAUUUUUCUCGCAAUGGAGUGGCAAUGGGUUGAUUUCAUAUUAUCUCACCGUUGUUCUGGAUUCAAUUGGGAUUACAGGACAGGAUAUGCAAACCCUCAUAAACGGAAUCCUUCAAAUAUGGGGACUGGUUACAAGCUUGUUCUUUGCUUUGUUAGUCAACAAAUUUGGAAGGAGGAUGCUAUUCCUCGUUUCCACAAUAUCAGUUCUGGUAGUUUUCAUAAGUAAGAUACGCAGCUCCUGGAUUGAAAGAAAAUAGACUGACUAGGAUCACAGUAUGGACUGCAUUAGAAGCCACAUAUGAGAAGCAGACUGCUAAUGGAGGAACGGCUAACCCGGCAGUGGCUAAGGGAGUUUUGGUAAUGAUCUUUCUCUAUACUCUUGCGUUCAACAUCGGCUGGAAUCCUCUACAGGUGACCUAUGUAAUCGAAAUCUUACCAUAUCACCUUAGAGCUAAAGGCUUGGUUCUCUACAAUCUCUUUGUGGCUUGCGCGCUUAUAUUCAAUCAAUACGCAAACCCAAUAGCACUAGCAAAGAUGACUUGGAAAUGUGGGCUUCGUGUUCUUUCUGAAAAUGCAAGGAAGCUAACGAAAAACCAGAUUACAUCGUUUAUGACGUCUGGAUUGCAGUUGAAUUGGUGGUUGUGUAUUUCUUAUUUAUUGAGACUGGGAACAUGUCUCUAGAGCAAACAGCGGCAAUUUUAGAUGGAGCACCAAUUGAGAAGAACCUUACUACGGAAGUUGUUAGAGCGUCGGACUUUAAAGUUGAUCAGCAGAUAGAUAGGCGAUAG